AUGUCCUCAGCUUCCCGCCACCCUCAGCCACCUACGCCGGCCAUGGGGUCAGUACGUGCCGCCCACGAGGCCUUCGUCACGGGGCACAGCGGCACCACGCCUCAGGAUGUGGUGCUGGCGGUGUCCUCGGCCUUCCCCGGCACCUUGCUGGUCGCCGCCAUCGUGCAGGGGCGCCUUGGCUGGCAAUGGUUCCUGCUCGAGUGUGUUCUUCUAGUCACCCCUGUUGCUCUCGGCUUCACUGUAAUGGCUGACUUCACUCCCCACAUGCUCCUCUGCUCCUCUCUCCUUGCCUCGCUCCUCCUGUGGGUCGCCCGGAGCCGCGUCAGUGCCUGGAAUGGUUGUGACAAAGCAGGGGAGUCACCCCGAGUCACCUCCACUCACCUUCUCCCUCAGCCAGCCAUUGAGUCAACCGGGAAGCGUGUUGGAUGUGUCACUUGCUACCGGGCGCUGCUCAACCUGGCCACCACCAUUGCCAUCCUCGCGCUUUGCCAAGACGGAGGUGCAGGGCUACAGCGUGAUGGAUGUCGGAGCAGCGGGCUACGUCAUCGCCAACGCCUUGGUCGAGGGCGGCGCCAGGCUUCCCUUAGGGUGGUGUUGAAGGACGCGGCAUUGCUGGUGUGUCUGGGGCUGGUGCGGCUUGCCAUGGUGUGGGCGGCUGACUACCAGCACCAUGUCACAGAGUAUGGUGUUCAUGGCAAUUUCUUCUUUACUCUGGCAGCACUCAAGCUGACAUGCUCCUGGUGGGCCUGGAGACUGGGAACCGCUGGCAACUUGGCACUCAUGCUUGCACUGUGCCUUGUCCACCACCUCCUCCUGACUGUGGGGGGUGUGGAGGGCUGGACACUGGGGUCGGUACCUCGCGAUUCCUUCCUCAACGCCAACAGGGAGUGGUUCGUGUCCAUGCCAAGCUACGCGGCACUCUACUUCACUGGUGCUGGCGUUGGGGCUUAUGUGCGUGACAGGAGCAAGAGGGCCACAGUGCCACACUUCCUCUGGGCUGUGGUGGUGGCCAGUGCCGUCAGCCUGGCACUGUUGCACUUCUAUGUCGACCCAGCCUCUCGUCGACUUGGCAAUGCUGCAUUUGUGGCUUUCUCUAUCCUCUAUGCUACCCUCACCUUAGCAAUCUUUUCCCUGCUGGACAUCUGGAUCCCUAAGUUACUGCCUGGUGUCUCCUCCACUCCCAGGAUCCUUCAGGCCAUCAACCAGCGCCCCCUACUCAACUUCCUCCUGUCCAAUCUCGCCACUGGGGUCAUCAACAAGAGCGUCAACACCCUCACUGUCUCGCCACCCUGGGACUUCACUGUGGUGUUGGGGUAUACCUUCUGUGUUACUGCAGUGGUGUAUUUCCUGUUCAAGGGUGAUUGUGAAGGGAAGAUGAAGUGUUCUUGAGUGUUGUGGGUCUGUGUGGUUGUGUGUGGUGGUGGCAUGUGUGUCUGGUGUGGUGUUGUGGUGUUGUGUUUCCUGUUCAAGGCUGAUAGAUUUAAUUAUAUGUCAAAUUUGCUAUCAGUUCUAAUUUAUUUUGUGUUUUGAUUGAUUGUACUGGUGUGUGUGUGUGUGUGUGUGUGUGUGUGUGUGUGUGUGUGUCCAAGUGUGAAAGUAAUGAACGAGGCUUGUUUUGUAUGUGGGAAACCUUAAUUAAAAAAGUUACCUGAUUAUAAUUAACUUACCUGAGCUUAGAACUGGAUAGGCCUACGUGACAUUCCAGUGUACGUAUGUAUGUAUGUAUGUGUGUCUGUAUGCAUGUAAGCCUCAGUUUUGUACACGUAUAUAAAAAAUAAUAAGACGAA